UCCGCCAGAGACAGAAGUCUGUCCGCAGAGCUCCGCCGUCUGAAGUUUCUCACUGCCGUUGCUUGGGAAUUUCAUUUCGGAGAUAAACGGGAGUGGGAAUAUGCUAUAGAGGAGCUUUGCUUUAGUGAGCCAGACGUUGCUAUUUUGCGUCCUUUGCGAUAGUAGAACAUCAGCACUGGGAAAUAUGCGUCUGUCCACACGAAACCACCACGAAUAAACGGUUCCUACGGAGACCUGGGGUUUAGUUACCCUGCUGAGCGGAACAGAGAACUUUUCCCUCUUUAUAUGAGGCUUUGGAUUAUUUAGACGGGAAAAAUAAUCAUGGUCCGACAAACGCUGGAUACAAUUUGGGAUUUUUAAGGUCAUAGAGCGUUUAGAGCAGCAUCGGUAUUUUAAGAGGACUAAGCAGAAUACAGUCAGUUGGAGGGAACGUAUGACAGCACGAACGGCACCUUUUAACGCACGCGGACUCUCUAUCAGAAACAGAAAUAUGUAUAUCUAUUUCUACGGCUUUCUGCUCUUUUUAGAUGAGCUUGUGCUCUCCAUGUCGGGCUCUUCCGCUCUAUCUGAGUCUGGGCACCAAGAGUCAAUGGACUGUUUAAGAGCCACCGAGAAGUGUAACCAGGACCAAAAGUGCAGCCAUCGCUUCAGGAUCUUGAGGCAGUGUCUGGCAGGCAAGGACAGGAACACCAUGUUGGCCAAUAGGGAUUGCCAGGUAGCCCUGGAAGUGUUGCAGGAGAUGGCUCUGUUCGACUGCCGCUGCAAGAGGGGAAUGAAGAAGGAAAUGCAGUGUCUGCAGAGUUACUGGAGCAUCAACAUAGGCCUGACUGAAGGUGAGGAAUUUUAUGAGCCAUCUCCUUACGAACCCAUGACGCCUCACCGACAUUCAGAUGCAUUUCGCCUGGCGUCGAUCAUCUCAGGCAUACAGUCUGGCACAAGUAAAGGCCAGCCACACUGCUCAGAUCCCAGCCGCCCAUGCAACCCCUGUCUGGACGCCACCAAAGCCUGCAACCUGAAUGAAAACUGCAAGCGUCAGCGUUCCAACUACAUUUCCACCUGCACGCGUGCGCAGACCCAGGGCCAGCAACCCUCACAGCCUCAGUCGCAGGACAGCUGCAACAGAAAGCGCUGCCAUAAGACCUUGCGUCUGUUCUUUGAGCGUGUUGACACACAAUACAGCUACGGGUUGCUCUUCUGCUCCUGUAAGGACCAGGCCUGUGCUGAGAGGAGGAGACAGACCAUUGUACCCUCCUGUUCCUAUCAGGACAAGACCAAACCCAACUGUCUUCAGCUGCGCAACACCUGCCGCCUGGAUGUGCACUGCAGGUCACGACUGGCUGAUUUCCACACAAACUGUCAGAUGACCCCUCACUCCAUCAGCAGCUGCCUCAACGAUGACUAUCAGGCCUGCCUUGCAUCUUACACCAGACUCAUUGGUACAGAAAUGACUCCUAACUACAUGGACUCAGGUCACUCAAACUUCACCAUCUCCCCCUGGUGUACCUGCAGAGGCAGCGGGAAUCAGGAGGAAGAGUGUGAGAAAUUUCUACAGGACUUCAGAGAAAACACCUGUCUCCGAAAUGCUAUCCAGGCCUUCGGCUAUGGGUCGCUACCCAAGCCUGAUCCUCAGCCUACUACAGGCUCAGUGAAACCUGACCUUGAGCCCACUGUCAACAUCCCUAAAACAACUAUGGAACCUGGGGAGGAGCCCUGCAUUAUUUCGUCCUGUGCAAAUUUGAACGCACUUGAUUGCUAUCCAUCAAAAGACUACAUCUGCGAAAGUGAGGUUCCUGGCAGUCCACCUAACACAAGAGUAGAGGACCCCAGAAAUUCAAGCCCAGCUCUAUCUGAUGUUUUGAUGCUCGGUCUGUUGUUUGCUCUUGGAAACCUCGCUAUGUAGACCUACCUGAGCUUCAUAAGCCAGCACAGUGAGGACAAGGUUGAUGGAAACCCCCUCAUGAUCAUCUUCAGACCAAACUCACACCUCUCUCCUCUAUUGCAGCUUUCUUUCUUUCAGACAAACACCAAACAGAAAGAACACAGAGACACAUAUCGAAAAGACUGCUGCAUCCUCGCCAUGGCCGAAACAGAACAUCGCAUACCGAAUGAGCAAACGGCCAAGAAACAGAUAUUGCGUACUUAGCCGCUUGAGUACAAAGUCUGGUGCCUGAUUGGUGGACCUGCAACUAAAGACCCAGGCACAGAGCUUUCCAGUCUACUGUACUACUUCCUGCCACCCACACCACCCAUAAAAAAGGGCGUCUCGCAGCACCCAUCAGGCCUGAAUUACCCAUUGUCUGGCACUGGAUUACACCAUCUCUGAGAGGCAUUCUCCAUCCCGGCCCACUGCCCAUUUAUUGGAUUUGCUGCGCUCUUCUUUGACAGCUGCUUUAGCUUUCUCAUUGUGAUUAUUCCUUUUCGGUUCCGUAUGUUUUCCUUCUUUUGUCCACCAGUCAAACAGGAGUAAUUACUUUCCCGUGGUUCUUUUAAACGUGAAGUGUUUGAAGUUCAAACUGUACCCUGUCGACACAGCGCAAGGUGGAUGUCACGGGCGACAGCUCUCUUAGUCACAUUCUGUACUUAGUUUGACAGAUUUGAAAAAGAAAAGAAUGUUGAGAUGAAGUUGAUGAAAAUGUACCAGUGGAUCAACAGGAGAAGUAGAUCUUUACAAACGGCUUUCGUGUGGGUUCACAAUGUCAAUGGGCUGCCCACACAUGUAUAAUUUUGUCUGUGAAUAUGAAUGUUUUUCUUUCCAAAAGUACAGCUGUUAAUUAUUAUGUGUUGUCUUUAAUUGAACGAUGAUGAGACUCUAGAGAAAGCAGUGGGAGUGACAAGAACUGCAUGACUGAGGAAGACCUGGAGGUGCUCAUACCACUAACCAUUAUUAGUCGCGCCAUAAUCGGUCUCCGGUUAAACGGAGUUCUACACGAGAAAAACCCUGCCGAGGACAGCUAGCAUUUUGGGGCGUUCAUCGUCAUGUGAAUCAUUGUGUGCAAUUUAUGAUGUGGCCUUACUCUUUGUUUUUCCUCCCCAUUAUUUUCUAGUCGCUGUGUGGAGAAGGUCUAAAAUGUUUCUAAAAAUGGACUCACCCCAAUUCACAGGUUCAGUAAAUGCACUAGACACAUAUGACUCUUUUAUCAACAUUCCAAAUACUGAAGUUAUGAACAAAACAGACAUCGAUAUAUAUAUAUAUAUAUAUAUAUAUAUAUAUAUAUAAAUGUAAAGUUCAAAACUAAAAAGAUUUAUAUAUUGUGUCCUAGGCUUGUUACAUACAUACCAUUGCAAAGCAAAUGAUAAAUAGGAACAUUCUUUGUGUAAAUAUGGCACUAAUGGGAAAUGGAAACACAUUAAAGUUAUGUCGUAUCAGUGGGGCUCUGUCUGUGAAAACGUUCAAACAACAACAGGCAAACUUUUUUUCAUUAAAAGAUGAUUCAAUACUUUAUAGUACUAAAAUAUUUAUGAGAUUAAGGAUCCAGUGAUGUAAUAAUCAGCUCUAUUUUGCCAGAUGCUCAAAAAGUAAUAUCUUCUUUUUUGGUGUGAAUGUUCCUAGAAUUGUACUUUUGUUCAAACAUCUGGAAUAUAUAGAUAUAUAAACAGUAUAUUUUUGAAGUAUGCUGCCUUUUUGAGGGAGAAAAUAUAUAUAUAUUUUAAGGGGGCUAUUAAGUCAAAAGGCAGGUUUGUCAUUGUUGAGUAAGAACAAGAGCACAUUUAAAUGGUAAGAAAAAUAUUCCUGUCACCAGACACUAACAAUGUGAUUCUUGCUUUGAAGUGAUUUUCAAAAAUGUGCUGUCAUAUUCAGUGGGAACAGAAGUAGUGGUAAAACAAAACAGUGUGAUUUCUCUGAAAGGUGUCAGUUUACAUUUAGUCUUGCAACCUUUUAACAAAAAAACAAAGUGAAUUUGAAUCUCAACGUACCUGAGCAGAAAAACAUCCACCAUAUGCUCCCCAAAAACAGCGCUGAUACUGUAUAUCAAAAAGGCCUACUGGGGUUUGGAGAAUGUUGUGACAGAAGUGUGAUUGUUAAGUGUGUGUGCGUGUGUAGCCUACAUG